CCCGUAUAUACCCCGCCGUGGGCCGACUGCCCCUCCAUCGAACCCCAAAACAUUCUCACCACCUGCGUCACCUGGACGACCCUUCUUCACUCUGCGAUUGAAAAACGCAGCUAUGGCAGAAGUCGACCUCCAAGCGGUCCAUGACACACUCGUGUCGGUUGCCUUCGAGGCAGGGCGCAUGAUCCUGGCAGCCAACCCAAGCACCGGUUCCACCAACACCAAACUGAACGCCGUUGACAUCGUGACCGAGACGGAUAAGGCGGUCGAGCGGAUGGUCUCGACCCGGCUGCGCGCCGCCUUCCCGACCUUCGCCUUCGUGGGCGAGGAGACGUACCAGGCCGGCGUGACGCGGGUCACGGACGCGCCGACCUUCAUCGUCGACCCCAUCGACGGCACGACCAACUUCGUGCACGGCUUCCCCAACGCCUGCGUCUCGCUCGGCCUGGCCGUCGACCGCGCCCCCGCCGUCGGCGUCGUCUACAACCCCUUCCAGGACCUCCUCUUCACCGGCAUCAAGGGCAAGGGCAGCUACAUGCAGCGCAACGCGUCGCUCGAGGAAGGGCGCGGCCGCGGGGAGAAGGUGAGGCUGCCGCUGAGCAGCGCCGGCGGGACGCGGCCGCCGCCCGCGCUGGGGAACCUGAGCUCGGCGCUCGUCUCGAUCGAGUGGGGCAGCCAGCGGGACGGGGACAACUUUGAGCUCAAGGCGAGGACGUUCCGGAAGCUGGCGGCCUCCAAGGAGAACGGAGGCGGCAUGAUCGGCGGCAUGAGGUCGCUGGGGAGCGCCGCGCUGAACCUGUGCGCGUGCGCGGCCGGCCAGCUGGACAUGUACUGGGAGGGCGGGUGCUACGCCUGGGACGUCGCGGCCGGUUGGUGCAUCCUGAACGAGGCCGGCGGUCGGAUGGUGAGCGGGAAUCCCGGAGGGUGGGAGACGGAGUUGGACUCGAGGGUGUACCUCGCCGUCAGGGGCGCCAGCAGCGGGCAGGAGGAGCUGGUGAAAGAGUUCUGGGACGUCAUCGGCGAUGGUAAGAUGGAUUACAAGCACUAGACGGGGUCGUGCCUGAGCCAGCCAGGCGGAUAGGGAAAGACAGAGGCGGAGGGUCUUUAGACUGUGCCAACAAUAGAAUUAACAAGUAGAUGUACGGCUUGGAAGUAAUAUACCAUCACUGCUGUCCGAACUGCCAUGGCAAAACCAUUUCAUCUAGACAAUUCACAAGCACAAUUGAG